AUGGCGGUCAACCGGUUACGGAGUGCCUUUGCGGUGCCCAGGAAAGGAGAGACGUUUGAGCUGAGGGCCGGAUUAGUGUCUCAAUAUGCAUAUGAAAGGAAAGAUGCGAUCCAAAGGACUAUCAUGGCGAUGACGUUGGGUAAAGACGUCUCUGCCUUAUUCCCGGACGUCUUGAAGAACAUCGCGACCACAGAUCUGGACCAGAAGAAACUUGUGUAUCUUUACUUAAUGAAUUAUGCCAAAUCCCACCCCGACCUUUGCAUUCUCGCCGUCAACACUUUCGUUCAAGAUUCCGAAGACCCGAACCCGCUGAUUCGAGCGCUCGCUAUCCGAACAAUGGGUUGUAUCCGUGUGGACAAAAUGGUGGACUACAUGGAAGAGCCGUUACGAAAGACAUUAAAAGAUGAAUCGCCGUACGUUCGCAAGACAGCGGCUAUCUGUGUGGCCAAACUAUUCGACUUGAAUCGAUCCAUGUGUCUCGAGAACGGUUUUCUUGAAACUCUGCAGGAGCUGAUUGGAGACCCGAAUCCAAUGGUCGUUGCAAACUCAGUGACUGCUCUUGCCGAGAUUUCUGAGAGUGCUCCGGAAACGAGAGCGCUGGACAUUAAUUCCAACACGCUUCGCAAAUUGCUCAUGGCCUUGAAUGAAUGUACAGAAUGGGGACGAGUCACGAUCUUGAACUCUUUGGCGGAAUUCAGAACAACCGACGUCAAGGACGCGGAACACAUUUGUGAGCGAGUUGUUCCACAAUUCCAGCAUGUCAACGCUAGUGUUGUGUUGGCGGCGGUCAAGGUUGUCUUUUUGCACAUGAGGUACAUCAACUCGGAACUUGCGGCUUCUUAUUUGAAGAAAAUGGCGCCUCCUUUGGUCACUUUGGUUUCAUCUGCUCCCGAAGUACAAUACGUCGCGCUACGCAAUAUUGAUUUGCUUCUUCAAAAGCAGCCAGACAUUCUGAACAAAGAACUCCGUGUUUUCUUCUGUAAAUACAACGAUCCUCCCUACGUCAAGUUCCAGAAACUCGAGAUUAUGGUCCGGAUAGCGAACGAAAAGAAUGUUGACCAACUCUUGGCUGAACUCAAGGAAUAUGCUCUCGAGGUCGAUAUGGAUUUCGUCAGGAGGGCUGUCAGGGCUAUCGGUCAGACAGCCAUCAAGAUUGAAAGUUCCAGUGAAAGAUGUGUCAACACUCUUCUAGACCUGAUUAACACCAAGGUCAAUUACGUGGUGCAGGAGGCUAUCGUUGUGAUUCGCGACAUUUUCCGAAAAUACCCAGGCUACGAAAACAUUAUCCCGACAUUGUGCAAGUGCAUUGACGAGCUGGAUGAGCCUAACGCUCGCGCUGCUCUUAUAUGGAUUGUUGGUGAGUAUGCGGAGAAAAUUAGUAACGCUGGCGACAUCCUGGCUGGAUUUGUGGAGGGCUUCAAUGAGGAAUUCUCUCAGACACAAUUACAAAUCCUCACAGCCGUUGUGAAACUUUUCCUCAAGCGCCCUGAAAAAGCUCAAGGCUUGGUUCAAAAAGUCCUUCAAGCAGCGACCAAAGAGAACGAUAAUCCUGAUAUUCGUGAUCGAGCUUAUGUUUACUGGCGGUUGUUGUCGAAUACUACCGAACCCAAUGCAGCCAAGAAUGUCGUUUUGUCGCAAAAGCCGCCUAUCACGACCACGAUACAAACUCUGCCGCCAGCAUUGCUAGACCACUUGCUUGAAGAAAUGUCCACUCUGGCCUCGGUCUACCACAAGCCCCCCGAGCAAUUUGUUGGCCAGGGACGAUUUGGUGCGGAUGCUGUCCAAAGAGCUGCUAUCGAGGAGCAACUUCAAAAUGCGCGCGAGAACCCGUUGGCCGCUGCAGCCGCCGCCGCCGCCGUAUCAGGCGGAACGCCCCCCGCUCAAUCUCAAGCCAACGCCGAGAAUCUGCUAGACAUCGACUUUGACGGCGCUGCACCCGCAUCAGCCCAAAAGGAGCCUCCUAGUGGCAUGUCCGGUCUCGAAGGACUAGCCGGAACCCCGGUCCGCACCGAAUCGCCUGCCGUCGGCAGCAACACUCAACAAAGCAACAAUCUGGACGACCUCCUCGGCGUAUUCGGCAACGACAGCGCACCAGCCAACAACAGCAGCAGCAAUUCCAACUUCGCCGCUCUCGGUGGGUUGGGAAGUAGUAGUGGAGGAUUCGGCGGCUCAAAUGAUGAUGAUCUGAUGAAUGGAUUCCAGAGCUUGAAUGUUUCGAAUCCGACAUCGCCGCCACCGCAGCAGGAGCAGGCCGGAGGUAAAAAGACGAAUGAUGAUUUGUUGGGGUUGUUUUAG